AUGUAUACAAACGGUACCUAUCCGAUUUUCGUUGUUUUUUACAUAACCAUUAUUAUUCUGAACUCACUUUCAAUUCUCUAUUAUAUUUUUAAUUUAUUUGUCACAUUUCGAGUGAAACAUUACAAAACUAACAUCCAAAUUCUUCAUCAAUCAAUUUAUGCGACUUGUCCGUUUACCUCUAUUUUUAUUAUAACAGAUGCAUCAAUCAAUAUAUUGGGCAAAAGAGAAUUCUACUUUCCCAUGACAAUCGUAGUGCUCAGAACACUUUUGAGCUGCCCACGUACGAAAAAUCGAAGGGAUAUGAAGGUUAUUGAUUCCGAAAUUUCAGCUCUUUUUGCUUUGUUUGCUAUAAUGUUGGAGCGUCUUUGUGCCACUUAUUUCGUCGCGGAUUACGAGAGAAAUCAGAGACCAAUAAUUGGUUAUUCUAUCAUUUUUCUGACGCUUAUCGUGUCUGCAAUCACUUCUUAUAUCUUCAUGAUCCCUAACCUAGUACUAGCUUUCGUAGCCGGUCAUUUAAUCUCAAUUGUCAUCUGCUAUUUUGUUUCACUGAUAACUUAUAGAAUCAAUAGAAAAUAUUUUUAUCAGAAUCGAGUACACAGACAUUCGUAUUCUCUUGGAGAAAGAUAUCAGAUAUCCGAAAAUAUUCGGUUAUACAAAUUCUUUUCCCAUUAUCUUUUUGUGUUGGCAAUAUUCCCUCUUAUAUGUACGUUCGUUACUUUGGUCGAUCAUUUAGAUUCGAAUCCAAUGCAUCGCGAAGUCUAUGAAAUUUUAUUUGAUUUAAGUUACACUUUCCUAUGCAUUCUCGCCCCUUAUCUAACAUACAAAAUGAGUGAUCCAUGGCAAGCGGAACUAGAAAGUAUAUUCAUGAAGUUAGGAAUCAGAAAAUCAAACAUAAUUCAUGCCACCCGAUCCAGUCAGAAGACGGUAAGAGGUACAUUUGGAGAAGAGAUGAAUGUGGAAACCAGCAAGCACACUGAUGUUUAUUUCACACAAUUGAAGAGCUCAUGGAAUUUGAAUAAUAAUCAAGGUUGA